UAUCCCAAUGUCCGAAGACUCCCGCUUCUUUGAAAUCUUUUGUGCUUGGUUUGGGGAUGGGAGGGGCUUUAGCUUAAUAGCUAGAACCGGGGAAAAUUGAUGGGGAUAGGUUCUGUGUGCGAAGACUGUCAGCUUCACAAUCCCUUAGAGUGACGGAAUGUGCGCCCCACACCCCUCCACUACCAUUGCCUAGACUAUAUUCCAGAGAUCUGUCCCCCUCACUCUAACUUUCUUAUCGCCCCCAAGUCGAUUCUUCCCUGCCAGCCCUCAGUCCUGGGUCCACAAACGCCUCCUCCGACCCUCGCGCCGCGGGCACUGCACUCGCCUUCGCCAUCCUAGCCCCCCGAGGGCUGUGGAAAGGCACGGGCCCUUUAAGAGCGGCGGGACCGGCGAGCAGUAGCUUGGAGGAGAACGCAGUCGCCUGGCGGGUUCGGGAGGACACCAGCGCCGGAGACCAGGCUCGGGGAUCUGGUGUGCGCAGCCAAGCGAAGCAGGGGCGCGACCCCAGCCGCCCCUCCCCACAACCUUGUCAUCUCCUCUGACCCGGGGCCGGGCCCUCCCCUGCUGCUCGUCCCUCCCCGGCCCCGCCCCGGCCCGGGCCACCGGGACCCGGAGCUGGGGCGCCGGUGCCGCAGCCCGAGGCAGGUAAGGAGAGCCCGGAGUCUCCAUCUCUGGCCGGUGGCAGCGCUAAGCAUCUCUGCCCGGCCCGGCCCUGGGGCGCGUCAAGGCCAGCCAGCGGGCAGAGUGAUGGCGGAGAAGGCGUUGGAGGCAGUGGGCUGUGGACUAGGGCCAGGGGCUGUGGCCAUGGCCGUGGCACUGGAGGACGGGGCGGAGCCCCCUGUGCUGACCACGCAUCUGAAGAAGGUGGAGAACCACAUCACAGAAGCCCAGCGCUUCUCCCACCUACCCAAGCGGUCAGCGGUGGACAUCGAGUUCGUGGAGCUGUCCUAUUCCGUGCGGGAGGGGCCCUGCUGGCGAAAAAGGGGUUAUAAGACUCUUCUCAAGUGCCUAUCUGGUAAAUUUUGCCGCCGGGAGCUGAUUGGCAUCAUGGGCCCCUCAGGGGCUGGCAAGUCCACAUUCAUGAACAUCUUGGCAGGAUACAGAGAGUCUGGAAUGAAGGGGCAGAUCCUGGUCAAUGGAAGGCCGCGGGAGCUGAGGACCUUCCGCAAGAUGUCGUGCUACAUCAUGCAGGAUGACAUGCUGCUGCCACACCUCACGGUGUUGGAAGCCAUGAUGGUCUCAGCCAACCUGAAGCUGAGUGAGAAGCAAGAGGUGAAGAAGGAACUGGUGACAGAGAUCCUGACGGCACUGGGCCUGAUGUCCUGCUCCCACACGAGGACAGCCCUGCUCUCUGGUGGGCAGAGGAAGCGUCUGGCCAUCGCCCUGGAGCUGGUCAACAACCCGCCUGUCAUGUUCUUUGAUGAGCCCACCAGUGGUCUGGACAGUGCUUCUUGUUUCCAAGUGGUGUCCCUCAUGAAGUCCUUGGCCCAUGGGGGACGUACCAUCAUCUGCACCAUCCACCAGCCCAGUGCCAAGCUCUUUGAGAUGUUUGACAAGCUCUACAUCCUGAGCCAGGGUCAGUGCAUCUUCAAGGGCAUGGUUACCAACUUGAUCCCCUAUCUGAAGGGGCUUGGCCUUCAUUGCCCCACCUACCACAACCCGGCUGACUUCAUUAUUGAGGUGGCCUCUGGAGAGUAUGGAGACCUGAACCCCAUGCUGUUCAGGGCUGUACAGAACGGACUUUGUGCCAUGGCUGAGAAGAAGAGCAGCCCUGAGAAGAACGAGGUCCCUGCCCCCUGCCCCACUUGCCCUCCGGAAGUGGAUCCCAUUGAAAGUCACACUUUUGCCACCAGCACUCUCACUCAGUUCUGCAUCCUAUUCAGGAGGACCUUCUUGUCCAUCCUCAGGGACACGGUCCUGACCCACUUGCGGUUUGUGUCUCAUGUGGUGAUUGGCGUGCUCAUUGGUCUCCUCUACCUGCACAUUGGUGACGAUGCCAGCAAGGUCUUCAACAACACAGGCUGCCUCUUCUUCUCCAUGCUGUUCCUCAUGUUUGCUGCCCUCAUGCCAACCGUGCUUACCUUCCCCUUAGAGAUGGCGGUCUUCAUGAGGGAGCACCUCAACUACUGGUACAGCCUCAAAGCGUAUUACCUGGCCAAGACCAUGGCCGAUGUGCCCUUUCAGGUUGUGUGCCCAGUGGUGUACUGCAGCAUUGUGUACUGGAUGACAGGCCAGCCAGCUGAGACCAGCCGCUUCUUACUCUUCUCGGCCCUGGCCACUGCCACUGCCUUAGUGGCCCAGUCUUUGGGACUAUUGAUUGGAGCUGCCUCCAACUCCUUACAGGUAGCCACCUUUGUGGGCCCAGUUACUGCCAUCCCUGUCCUCUUGUUCUCUGGCUUCUUCGUCAGCUUCAAGACCAUCCCCACUUACCUGCAGUGGAGCUCCUACCUCUCCUAUGUCAGGUAUGGCUUUGAGGGUGUGAUUCUUACCAUCUAUGGCAUGGAGCGAGGAGACCUGACAUGCUUAGAGGAGCGCUGUCCAUUCCGGGAACCACAGAGUAUCCUGCGAGCGCUGGAUGUGGAGGAUGCCAAGCUUUACAUGGACUUCCUGGUCUUGGGCAUCUUCUUCCUGGCCCUGCGACUGCUGGCAUACCUUGUGCUCCGUUACCGGGUCAAGUCUGAGAGAUAGAGUCUUGCACCUGGCCUGUGCCCAGCCCCCGCAGCAGUGCACACCCAGCCCUUUGGGACUGUUUUAACCUUGUAGAACUUCGGCACUGGUUGCUGGUGCAGCCACCUCCCCUCCCUCAGCUGCUCCACAGGCUGGCUGGAGGACUGUGCUCCCAGCCUUGGCCCUGGGGGUGGGGGCUCCAGCCCACCCCACCACACCCAGGAGUCUUCCCAAGUUGAUGCGGUUUGUAGCUUCCUCCCCACUCUCACCAACACCUGCAUGCAAAGACUGGGAGGCUGCCCCCCCUUUCUGCCCACAGCACUCUCUUCUGUUGUCUGUCUUGGAGACCCAGGUUUUAUGGGGCUUCUACUUAACAACUGACCAAAGUGGCUCCCUCUUGGGGGGGGGGGGUCCUCACCACACCAGUGUUUGAAAACCAGGCUGCUGUAAGGUUAGAGUUCCAGGGCUAGGCCCUGGGGGUUGGGUCCCCUGGGAGUCCCAUUAUGGACAUUGGGAUGGAAUAGAAAGGGACUCUGGAAGUCUCUCCUCCCCACCCCCAGACCCUGGCUUAUGUGGACAAUCUGCUAUGACAGAAGCUGGGCGUUCUGUCUGGGUCACCACUCCUAAUCCUGGAGAUUGGAGAGGCCAUGGGAGAUCUCAUCCCCCCUCCCUAUAGCUUUGGUGGGGGGGCAGGGCCUGGUGGCAUUUUUGCAAUAACGUCUGUGUUUCUUUCCCACCUGUCACUGGAACUGGAGAAUGCACUUUAUUCUGGGGGGGUGAGCAGGCGAAGACCCAACCUUCCUUUCUUGCUGCUCCUGACACACACAGUUCCACAUGCUCCCUCCCCUCUCCAGAGUUACAGGCACAUACACGCAAACAGGCAAUCUCAGCCCCACACAUGCAUCAUCCCCUGUGGUUCAGAGGAAGAGUGAUGGUGGCGUGGUGGUGGCGGGUUCUGUGGGGAAGGCAGUGCCAGCCUCCUUUCUGGGGAUCCCACUUUGGAGACUCGAAGGAUGAGGCUGAUUCUGCCCAGGGUGACUCCUCUCCAGGAUUGGUAGGAGUCUACCCUCCAGUCUUCUCUCCCUCCAAGCCAGGGGUGGUACACAACAGCAGCCUUCUGGAGUUGAGGACCCAAUAAUAAGCACAAGCAUGGGAAUAAGUUGGCUUGGCCACCGCCAUCCCACGGCCCUCCUUUUGCACUCCAGGCUGGUAUUCCACUGUCCUGCCCCUUUCCUGGCCAAUUGCUGCUCAUUCCAACUCUGUCCAUGUCUCUCCACCUCCUUCCUAUUAGCAGGUGGCCCCGGGCAUCAGAACACUGUGCCCUGGGCACCAAGGUGGCAGACAUACCUACAGCAUGUCUGGCUUUCCUGGUGGGUCUAGGCUCCUUUUACUCUGGUUGCCCCUUCCCCCAGGGUUCUUUUCCCCCUUAUUCCUAUAUACAUACCUCUCCACCUUCCCUCGCCCUGCCACAGAUUCUUCUCAUUACACAGAGAUGCCAGUUGUAUUUGUGGGAUUUCAUCCAUUAUUAAUAAAACCUAUAUUUAUACAGUA